UAGCUGCAUAUUCGCGAUAAAAGAUAAAUUUAAAGAGGCGUUUAUUCAGUAAUAAAUCGAAACAAACGAAUAACUAAACUCGAGAAUUUAAAUUCCAGUUUGAUUGUAUAAAAAACUGUAAAAAGAUAACUAAAAUACGCUGUAGAUACGUUGCAGAACAAGUAAGUCGAGAUAAAUGUGAUUUCUUAUUAAAUUAUAAAUUAUAAACAGUUAAUAAUUCGUGACAAAAAAAAAACUGAACUAAAUUUAAUUAAACAAAUAUAACUGUAUUAAUGCGGAAAGAAAAUUGGAUAAUGUCCUCGGCGGCGCAAUGUGGAGACAGCGACUCUUUGAACUAUGAAGAGCUCAACGUCAUUGGCACAGGGGCCUACGGUACUGUAUAUCGAGCAAAAGAUAACCAAUCUGGAAAAAUUGUCGCUAUCAAAAAAGUGCGCAUACCUAUAACGGACAAUGGAGUUCCAAUGUCAACGUUACGAGAGAUCGCUUUACUGAAACAUUUAAAUGCUUCAGAUCAUCCAAACAUUGUUAAACUCUUUGAAGUGUGCCAAGUGCUAGAGCGCGAGGAUCAGUUGAUGGUGCUGUUGGUUUUUGAACAUUUGGAACAAGAUUUGUCUGAUUUAAUUGACCGUCUUCCGAAAUCGGGAAUGCCAUCAGUAACAAUACAGCGUUUAUCACGGGAACUCUUAACCGGAGUGGACUUUCUGCAUUCGCAUCGAAUUAUUCAUCGCGAUUUAAAACCACAGAACUUGUUAAUCUCUUCGCAAGGUCAUUUGAAAAUAGCAGAUUUUGGAUUGGCAAAAACAUAUGAUUUUGAAAUGAAACUAACAUCAGUAGUGGUGACACUUUGGUAUCGUGCCCCUGAAGUCCUGUUGGCCCAAUCGUACAAUAGUUCGGUGGACAUUUGGAGCGUUGGCUGUAUCAUAGCGGAAAUGUUUGCACGUAAAGCCCUUUUUCCAGGUACAUCAGAAGCCAAUCAACUGGAUCGAGUUUUUGAGUUAACCGGACGUCCCACGUCGCAGCAGUGGCCACAAACAAUUUCACUUUCUAGGGAACAUUUUCCACCCCGCCUUCCAAAGCAACCGAAAGAGUUGUGUCCAAAUUUAUGUGACUAUUCCAAUGAUCUAUUAAGUCAAAUGCUAUCAUACGAUUUUCGAUCGCGACCUUCUGCAUUGGCUUGUUUAAAGCACGAGUACUUCCAACAGGAACCCAUUUAAUAUUGGUCCCUGUUUACUAUCUAUUUAACAUAAGCGAUAACUUGUUAUAUUUUUUCAUUAGCCAUUAUAGACUUUUAGAAUUAGUAAUUGUAAGAAAAAAAUACAUAUACAUAUAUUAAAUUUAGGCAUUAUUAUUAAACAUACAAUUGAUGAAAUUUUAUAUACAUAUGUAUAUAUAUAUAUAUAUAAUUCAAUAUUUACGCUUUUCAUUGUAGUUACUAUGUUGAAAAUCUAAACUUAGCCACAGCCCUUACCUUUUGAAAUUAUACAUAAAAAUUCUUUGGAUCGUGUAUUUUAAAAAAUGUGCGGUAAUACUUAUCAAAAGUCGAAGUCAUUUUACACUUUUUCAAACACAUUUGGAAUUGUAGGGUUAAGAAAAAUAAUAAUAUAAUAUAAUCAUGGGUUGAGCCCGUUUUGUUGUAUUUUGACAAAUUCAACAGCCUCGUUUUGAACGAUGAUUGACUCUUGUAAAAAACACUCCUUGUUUAGGAUUGUGAAAAAAAUGGACUUCGAUUGCGCUAAAAUUAUUUUCUCUAUAAGCGGCCUUCGGCUGCGCUCUAAAAGAAUAACCCGUGUUGAUCCAACAUCGGGGUACCUUUAAACUUGGUCCUCAUAAGCGAACAACAAAAAGGAGUACUACGCAUAUAAUCUAAGAACAUCCUGAUGUUGGAUUGGCUAGGUUUAUUUUGCAAAAGCGCGGUCGAAAGCCACUUGGGGCACCCCGGUGUUGGUUCGACUAGGGUUAUUUUCCUAAAGUGACUAUGUUUGCACUUGCUAACCAUUAAAUUUUUGCUGCGAUGGCGUUAAUACAUAAGUACCUAUUAAAUGGUACAAUACACAGUGGUUCCGCCCAUAGGCCAAAAAUCAAAAAAUCCAUCUAGCGAUUUUUUGUCAAAAGGUAUACAGAUGUCCUCUAAAUUGUCCAAACUUCCUAUUUGCAAACCGGGGUUUCCUAAAAUUCUAACGGUACUUUGUAAAAAUAGAGUUAAUUGCAUGAACACCUGUAUUUUUCUAAAGCACAUCAUAAAUUUUUUGAAAACAGCAGCAACAACGAAUUUCAAUCUGUUCUGGUAAUUGUUCAGGUUAACGAAUCAAGAUUAUUUUUGAUGGAUUUGAAGUUAAAUGUAUUUAUUUUAACUUGUGAAAUUAAUUAAGACUAACCUAAUUUAUGUUUUUAGUGAAAUAAGUGUUUUAUUUUGUACCUUUUUUGUGCGUCUUUAAUUUGUUUACAUAAAGUUUUAAUUGUUUUCACCCGCGAUCCACCUUUAAUUAUAUUUUAUAUAGUAUUUAUCAGAGUCUUAAGGUAAUAAAAGUGUUAAAGUUAGGUGCGGAAAGUUGCGGAUGUAUUUGCAAUCGUCGGAAUAAUAAUGCCCUGUGAAUUAACUAUUUUUAAGUUCAAACUCAUCAUAAUUGGGCUAAGAAAGCUUGGAAAGAAGGAUAAGUCGUCGUUAUUUCCGUCUGUGUACGGUUUAGUAGGGGACAUUAUAAGUUUUUGUUCUAAGUAUAAUGGCUGUUGAAUGGCAGUGAAAAAAUGAACUGUAUUAAAUUGGUUGAUAAUUUGCUUUUUCCUACAAGAUUUUUUUAUAUGAUAUUAUUCUUAUAGGUGGAAUGUGGGGGUUGGAUGGGGGAAACUAUAACGACAAAUCAUGUUCAGCUUGUUUAUCGCUUUCUUAAUUUUUUUUUACAAAGUCUUACUGAAAGUUUUGACGCUGGAACUGUGACCAUGAUAAGUAUUUUUGAGCAUCAUUGCCAUAUAAUGGCAAUUACUGUUCUAUAUGAGCUAUAGGACCUAGUAGUCCGAUGGGUCCUUCUCCACCUUGUCCUUCCAUCGGAGUGGAGGUCUCCCUCUUCCUCGGCUUCCACCAGCGGGUACUGCAUCGAAAACUUUCAGAGCUGGGGCACUUUCGUCCAUUCGAACAACAUGACCUAGCCAGCGUAGCCGCUGUCUUUUUAUUCGCUGGACAUGUCUAUGUCGUCGAACAACACAUACAGCUCAUCAUUCCAUCUUCUGCGGUAUUCGCCGUUGCCAAUGUUUAAGGGACCAUAAAUCUUCCGCAAAACCUUUCUCUCGAAAACUCCUAGUGCCGUCUCAUCGGAUGUUGACAUCGUCCACGCUUCUGCACCAUAAAGUAGGACGGGAAUGAUUAGGGACUUGUAGAGUUUAGUUUUUGUUCGUCGAGAGAGGACUUUACUUUUCAAUUGCCUACUCAGUCCAUAGUAGCACCUGUUGGCAAGAGUGAUUCUGCGUUUGAUUUCAAGGCUGACAUUAUUAUCGGUGUUGAUGCUUAUGCCCAGGUAUACGAAAUUAUCUACAACUUCAAAGUUAUGACUGUCAACAGUGACGUGGGAGUCAAGACGCGAAUGCGCUGACUGUUUGUUUGAUGACAGGAGAUAUCUCGUCUUGUCCUUGUUCACCACCAGACCCAUUCGCUUCGCUUCCUUAUCCAGGCGGGAAAAAACAGAACUAACACCACGGUUGUUGUUUCCAUCAUCGGCGUACGCCAGUAGCUGUACACUCUUAUAAAAAAUUGUACCUUCUCUGUUUAGUUCUGCGGCUCGAACUAUUUUUUCCAGCAUCAGGUUAAAGAAGUCACACAAUAGCGAGUCACCUUGUCGGAAACCUUGUUUGGUAUCGAACGGUUCGGAGAGGUCCUUCCCGAUCCUGACAGAGCUUUUGGUGUUGCUCAACGUCAGCUUACACAGCCGUAUUAGUUUUGCUAAUGUAUUACAUUAAUUAAAAAGUCUUUGGUCAGAUCAAGAAAUCAUCAGUACUAGCCUUAACUAAAAUACUAAAUGUGAAUUUGAUCUUUUGAUAAAACAUUGUUUCCUGAUGGAGAAAAUACUGUUAUUAACGCCAGAAAACAUCGCAAAAGUUCAAGUUAGUUAACUCUAUCGGAAUCCCAAGAAACAAAUUUUUUUAGAAUAUCGAUUAAAAAAGUAAAAGUGUUUAAGAAAGAAUAAAAAGUUUUUUUUUAUACAAAUGGAUUGGUUUUCUUCGGCUACCUCAAAUAUUAUAAAACAAUCUAAAAAUUUUGAUAUUUUAAGUUCUAAAACCUAUAAAAUUAUUAAAUUAAUUUUCAACUUAGGAAAUGUAACGUGUACUAUCUAUAGUAUUAUUAUAGUAAUGUAUAGUUGUAUACUAGUAAUGUACUAGUAAUCUACGAAUCAUGCCACCUUUAAUAUUAUAUUAGCUCAAGUCAAGUGUCAAGUGUUGAAUAUAAAUCAAUCGGACAAAAUAACCGUAUGUUCAAACAAACGGACAGCUCUCUCGCAUAUAGCUACUUAUAGUCCAAUAUAUAAAAAACAUCCCUGGAUGUGAAAUCUGGACUAAAUUUUACUCAUUUCCAGUUUCCAGUUUACGGUAUAUUCAAAUGUAUGUAUUUGUUUUAUGUAAAGAGGUUGUUGAUUUAGUUCAUUUUCAAAUUGUUAUAUAAAUAUGUUGAGAAAAAAAAUGGCCAUAAUGAUCACUAAAUAAAAUUAAUCUAAUUUAUUAGACAGUUACCGCAUUUUUAGUAUUUUUGAACAUGACCUUUAUAUGAAAGAUGGGCUAGGUUAGUAUCCGAUUUAAUCAUUCUUUUCUCAGUUUUGGUUAAUAUAUGUAUGUAGCUCCAGGAGCUUGUAAGAGGAUGGGAUUAAAAAAUUACAAAACUAAAAAAUACAGAUGAGUCUCUCUCUCUUGCGACCAGAGAUCUAUCAUUGCCUCUCCUCUUUUCACAUGACUUAAUCUAACCCAGUAACAUUAAGGAGUUUUAACAAUACACAUGGACUCAUAGAUGUGACGUGGUCUCUCUCUUCGAAUUCAUUUCGUCAAUAGUCACAUCCGUUCUUCGUGCGAGACCAAUAAACACCACAGCAAACUGCUUUAGUUUGUUUCUGUUGAGAAUGAUUAGCUAUUUGAACCGAAGUUUAAGCAUUUGCAUCCAGUAAAAUCCCGACUUGCUUUUUCUGUGACUUGUGCAAAUCUGAAGGGAAAAAACAGAAUACUGUCUGUGACCCCCUUUCCAUAAUAAAAUAACUUCUAUUAUAAAUAUGCAAAAACAUGCACAAAUAAACAGAAAAAACGCAACCCAUGACACAGAAGUCUGUUGAACUUUGAUUUCUGUGCUGUGUGACAUUUCGAACAGUGCCAUCGCUUCAUUUUUUCUCUCUUCUCUCAUUUCUUCUAUUCUGAUACUGUUCACAUUGCGUGUUCAUGUCUAACAGAUAUGUCUCUUUGUAAACGUGUCAUUAUAGUCCAUUGUGAAUGAAUUGAGCAAGUGAAAAGAAACAGUACCAAAUUAAAAAUAUUUGGUUUUAUGUUGCUAUAAGAAAGAAAGUAGUUCAAAAGAUUAGUUCUAGAAAGUGCAUAGAGUAAAGUACAACAUUUUUUUUUAGCGAGAUAAACUAAUGGGAACGGAAAAAGACGAUGUUGGUGCAGAAUCGAGUGAAGAUGAUAGUGGAAUUACGGUCACAGGAAACGGAAGAAUUUCAAACGCCCUCUUUUUAUAGGUGUGACAUGUACUCCAAUUACGAAUCCGGUGCCUGUUGUUUUCCUAAUAAAUUUCAUACUACAAGACCAAGUUAGGGUGAUCAUACUUGCUUUCUACUUAACAUUGGUGAUAUUAACGAUUUUGGCAGUGUGGUGGCAAAUUGGCAAUGAAGAAAAAGCGUCAACAAGAGUACGAAAAAUAUUUCAUAUCCUUAUUGUGCUUGUGUUUGUACCCG